AAAAAAAAAAAAAAAAAACGAUGAAGUCUUCUAACUGGGCACUUUCCACCAUUAUUUUUAUAAUUAUCAAUGGUAUCUCUGCUAGCUUGAUCUACUGGCCAAGUCAUUCAUACUCUUCUUCAUAUCAACUUUCUGGAUCAAGAGCAUCCAACGUGCAUAUCACCGAUUGCAGUUCCAGUGAUUUCGUAUUACACAUUCACAGUGUUAAAAUCUCCCCUGAAAUCGUUACUGCUGGCGGUGAAUUGACUAUCGAAGCGUCAGGAACUUUGGACGAACCUGUUAUACCUGGUGCAUCUGCAGAUGUUACAGUUAAACUUGGAGUUGUUAAGUUGUUACAUAAAACCUUUGAUAUUUGUGAAGAAUUGGAGAAAAAGAAGGACGAGGUUGAGCUACAAUGCCCUAUUAAAGAUGGUUAUCUUACGCUUACACAAAAAGUGACAUUACCUAAAGAGGUUCCUAAAGCCAAAUUUUCUGUUUUGGUUCAUGCUUACACAGCCGACGAAAAACGUUUGGCAUGCCUUCAGGUCAUGGUUGACUUCCGUGUUCAUCCUUCCAACAGACUCUUACAGAUGUUUGAACAAAAUGAAUGAUCUGUGACUAAUCAUAGAAUAUACAACCCACUUCAAUUGUUUGUACGAUGACCAUACAUAAAUAAAUAUCUCACGUGUACUGCUGUUACUUUAGUAAUUAAAUCCAAAAACAUGAAACUUGAGACUGUUCAUGA